AUGGUAUUUUUUGGCUACAUGGUGGCUAGUGUAACGUUUGGGAUGCUAGCAGAUAAAUUUGGCCGUUGUAAGGUUUUAAUCAUCUCUUUUGCAUGGGGAGCCUAUUUCUCUUUGCUGACAUCGUUUUCUCCUUCGUACAUCUGGUUUGUCUUUCUCCGAGCCCUCGUAGGAUGUGGUGUAUCAGGUCAUUCACAAGGGCUUAUAAUAAAAACAGAAUUUUUGCCCACAAAAUACCGUGGUUAUAUUUUGCCAUUAUCACAGGUAUUUUGGUUGUCAGGCUCCUUAUUAAUUAUUGGAUUGGCAUCAGUUGUUAACCCAACUCUUGGCUGGCGGUGGCUGAUUCGAAUUGCUUCUAUUCCAGGCAUUCUACUGCUCCUUGUAUUUAAGUUUAUCCCUGAGUCUGCUCGAUAUAAUGUAUCUUGUGGAAAUGAUAAAGCAGCCCUUGCUACUCUCAAGUGGAUUGCUAAAAUGAACCGUUCUGUUAUGCCUGAAGGAAAAUUGGUAGAAACUGUUGAAGAAAAACGAGGUAGAUUCAAAGACCUAUUUGAUCCCAAAUAUUUACGGACAUCUUUGCAAAUAUGGAUUAUAUGGCUUGGAAUUUCUUUUGCUUAUUAUGGUGUCAUCCUGGCCAGUGCAGAAUUACUGGAGAAGGAUCUGAUUUGUUCAACAGGAGGAGGAUCAGCUGUAGAGGCAGAGUUGGGCCAUACUCAGGAUGAGUUUCAGAGCCCUUGUCUCUGCCAUACCUUUGCACCAUCUGAUUAUCAGAUCAUGUUCAUCAGCACAGUAGGAGAAAUUGCAUUAAAUCCCUUAAAUAUUCUUGGCAUCAAUUUCCUGGGAAGACGAGUGAGCUUGACAAUAACAAUGGGAUGCACUGCUGUUUUCUUUCUUCUCCUCAAUAUAUGCACCACAAUUACUGGUCUUAUUGGUUUCCUCUUUAUGCUGCGUGCUUUUGUCGCUGCAAAUUUCAAUACUAUCUAUAUUUACACAGCAGAGGUUUAUCCUACCACCAUGAGAGCCUUGGGAUUAGGGACCAGUGGCUCCCUUUGUCGUAUAGGUGCUAUGGUGGCACCUUUUAUAGCACAAGUACUAAUGAAUGCUUCUUUCUUGGGGGCACUGUGCCUUUUUGCCUUGGUUUGCAUUGUGUGUGCUAUCUCUGCGUUCACUCUACCAAUAGAGACCAAAGGGAGAUCACUCCAGGUGGGUAAUUCAUCUUGCUUCUGAAUAGAAGGGUCCCAAAAGAACUCCCUCCAUCCCCACAAUUCGGUUCCAUUACCAAAUAUAAAGCCCUUGCCAACUUUAUUUUAGGAAAUGAAAGUUUUUUUUAAAAAGACCCUUAUAAAGAAUUUCAACUUUUGUAUAUCUGAAGUCAAGUAUGGCAUGACCCCUAAAACAAAUGGAUAACUUGAUAAUGAAGAUCCAUAUUCAAAAGCAAAUGCAGAUAUAGGCAGUUUUCAUCUUAUGACCACAAUUGGUACCGGAACUAAGUGAUGCAUGAUUUCUUAUUAGUUGUGCCACAUGGCUCAGCGAUGAAGCGGCUUUCUCUACUCUUGACUUCCUGAGCUCCGAGUAUUUUCAAAAGAUGCAGUUAUUGAAUCAUACCCAAUUUUACAACUUUUUUUUUUUUGCCACAGUUGUUUCCC